AAGGCGUGUCUUUGACAGAGACUCAGCUGAUCACCGGCCAGCGAGAGCAACGGCGUGAAGCCCGCGCCAGGACAGCAGCUCAUAAUAAGACGAGAGGGAUUUCCUUAAAUAUGAGCGCGGCGUCCGGGACUUUAUAAGUGAUCAGAUGAUUUCGGGGAAGUCCUGCCUCUCUCUGAUGGUGUCGGAGGGUGGAGCUCUACUGAGCAUCCAACUGAGACAGUUUGUUCAGAGCAGCCUCAGACGAACACGGACACUUUCAGAUUGAAACGGAGCAACAGGCAGGAGGACAAGAACAAUGGAAAAGGAAAGCAACAUGACAAUAAUGGUUGCUGCAGUUGGGCGGCCAUUUAGCACCGGCAUGCUGUAUGACUGCCGCAAUGAUACACUUGUCCCUGGUUUGUCACUGUGGAAGCGGGAAAACCUGUCACAAUUUAUGGGAGAAAGACCACAGCUCUAUAGUGACUUUGAGAUUAUUACAUCUGAUUCAACAGAAGACAAAUCAUCAGCACUAAAUGUUAGUGCAUCACUGAAGGCAAGUUUUCUCAGUGGAAUGGUUGAGGUUGAAGGAUCAGGGAAAUACCUGAAGAAUGAUGUGAAAUCAAAGAAUCAUGCCAGAGUUACACUGAAAUACGAAGCUUACACAAAGGUCCAGGAGCUGUCAAUGGAUCAUCUUGGAAGAGACAAUGUUGAUUAUAAAGAUAUUUUAACCAAAGGAGUAGCAACACAUGUAGUUACGGCCGUCCUUUAUGGGGCUCAGGCCUUCUUUGUCUUUGACCGUGAGCUGUCUAAAGACGAGGACCGUCAAAAUAUCGAGGGCCACUUGAAGGUGGCCAUUCAGAAAAUUCCUAAAGUGUCAAUAGAGGGUGAAGGUUCAGUUUGCAUAGAUGAUAAGUUCAGUAAAACCGUGGAGGAAUUCUCCUGUAAAUAUCACGGAGACUUUUUCCUCGAGGAGAAUCCUGUAACGUUUGUAGAAUCAAUAAAAGUCUACCAAAGCCUGCCAAAACUCCUGGAGGCCCACAUGACGCAUGUUGUGCCACUGAAGGUCUGGCUGUUGCCACUGACGUACUUUGAUUCUGAAGCUGCUAAACUAGUCUGCCAGAUAAAAGCAGACCUAGUGCACCGCGCACAGUGUGUGCUGGAGGACAUCACUGACCUGGAACUGAGGUGCAACGACGCCAUGAAAACUACCAUUGCCCAACAGUUCCCAGACAUUGGCAAAAACCUUAAAAACUUCAGAAAUCUGUGCUUCAACUUGAAGGUGAAAUUCCAACAAAACUUGGCAAAGAGACUUCCGUUAAUCCGGGGAGGUGACGAAAAAGACACAGGGCUGGAUAAAAGCCUCCAUGAUUAUGAGAAUUUCCUCUUUAGGUCAAAUCUGAACGUGUGGAUGGAAAAUCAGGAAAAAGAAAUCUCCCUCUUGAUGGCAAUCACAGAUAAGUUGAAAAAGAAGGGAACCAAGAUCCUCCUGUCUGAGAAAGACCUGUACAAGGAAAUACUCAGUGAAGACCGUGUCAUGUGUUUUGUGUUUCACUCCUUGACAAGCACUGACUCAUUCCUCUCAGAUUUGUCCAUCUACCUGAAUAAAUCUGCUGAACCAGACCUUAAUGCUGCCCCAGCCGACAGAGGAGAUAAGAGAAAUUGGUUCUUUUCAGACAAUGUAUUUGAUGAAGUCAAAGGAACAAUGGCGCGUUUCAGCGAGUCCAGCAAAGAGAUCAAACGCCUGGCGAUGGUGUUAGCAGCUGAGCAUAAAGGCGCAAGCAUUCAUGAAUAUGAAGAUGGCGAUCUUAUAAAGGAGCCUAAAGGAGAUAGCAGCAAUGCAUAUGAAGAUGGCGAUCUUAUAAAGGAGCCUGAAGGAGCAGGCAGCAGUGAAGAUAAACAUGGUAAUCGUAAAAAGAAAAAACCUGCACCACUUCAAACUGAAUCUUAAAGCAAUUAGACUUUUGGUAGCUGGUCUGACUCUAACACAGAGCAUGUGAAGGGUUUAGAUCUAAUGUUGUACCCAGGUGAGCAUAUAUAAAACCAUAUGUUAUUCAAGCUGCUCCCUGUGGACCGUUCUCUACAAAACACAAAUAGGAAACUUCGCUUCACAAUAUCACAGAACAUUAAUGUUUAGAAACUGAGGACAUCACUGACCUGGAACUGAGGUGCAGCGACGCCCUGAAAACUAGCAUUGCCCAACAGUUCCCAGACAUUGGCAAAAACCUUAAAACAUUCAGACAUCUGUGCUUUAACUGAAAGGUGAAAUUCCAACAAAAGAAACUUCCGUCAAUUCAAGGAGGUGGCAAUAUCACAGAACAUUAACGUUCAGAACUUAAGCUUGUUUAAAUCACUGUUAGUGAUUUUAUCCCUUUUAGGAUUAAUUCAGCAUUGAAAUGCGGGUGUUAGAUUGGACGUUCCCUUAGGAACAAACUGUCAGCCAUCACUCAGCUUCUGAACAACUUUAUGCUGUUUUUAUGCUUGGUAAAAGCACAUAUCUUCCUGGUGUUAAGUUCUGGUUCCUGAAGAGAUGGUCAGUUUAUAAACUACGGAGUCAAUUUAGGGUCACACAAGAUUUGUGCGCAUGUAAACCGAUCUGUGCGUGUGAAACCAGAUUUGUAACUGUAGACUUAGUGGGAUUUACAAAAUUAAACAAAGAUCUUGACUAAUUGUACAAGUAAAAUAAUGUGACUUCUACUUGUCUAGAUGACAGGCUAUUAGCAGAAGCAUGCUAUGUUAAGGUGCAAUUCAACAGCCUUAUAUGUAACGCUGUUGUUAGGGCAGAGCUUUUAGAUUUUAGCGCGGGAUGCUGCAUGUAAUUCAUUGCUUCCCGCUGAUGUUUCAAGCAGUUUUCAAUCACUUGUCUACAAGGCAGCAGACGCUGUGCUGCUGCAGAAUCUCUCUGAGUCCAAAUGUCACCGAUAACAAAACUAUCGCAGAAAGCUUGGUCUGAGAAAUCAUGACCGUUUAUUUAGUUUGCACCAUAAUGCAGACCUGUACAUUUACUUAGCUCGCUCUUCGAAUGUUAGCUGUCCUUGUCGAUGCUUACACAAUGUUUGCGAAUGUUUUGUUGUCUGUACACAAUCUAAACAGCCUUUACAGUUUUACAAGGCGUAUUCUGACGCAGUACGAUUGCUGCUCGUGUUGUAGAUGUGGAAGUAUUAAACAGGAAAUCAUGGCCUGAAGUCUGCUGUUAAUUGAUUCAAUCUUUUGUCAAUAAAAUAUAUUGAUGCAUUCUGCAUUCUGUCUUUAGAGUCUGGUUUGUCUUUAACAAGCUUUGCUAAUAAAGAAAAUUCAAAUUUCA